UUAAAACCCCAAAAUAUCUUACAGACGCAUCAUUUUCCCUCCAAAUCCCCAAAAUCCUAAUUUCAUGUUCGCAGAUUCCGAUUAGUUUCCCGAUCAGGUUUGAUUCUUCUGAGACGAUGUUAAAAUGGAUGGGUGGAUCGAGGAGGAAAGUGACAAACUCAAGAAAAUCAACACAUAAAAGGCAAAGACAGUAUUUCGAGCAAAAGAAACGACAGAAACAUACCAAUGGAGAAGUUGAUGCUGAAGGAACUCAUGGGUCUGCUGAAUACCACCGGACACCUAAAUCGUUGGAUAUCUUAAGUUUGUUGAACUUGACGGUAGAGGCCAAGGGGGAUAAUUCUGGCUGCAACAAUGCAACGGAUGGUCCAGCGCUCAGAGUUUCGCCGCUGAAUUAUCAAGUCCCCGAGGACAUACAUAAGGUAGCGGAAAUCCCAGUCCUGAGAUUUUCACCCGUGAACUACCAGCUUCAGAAGGGCACAAAGACUAAAUCACCAGCCAAAGAAGAGAAGUGUGCACCCCCCCAAAAGAAAUUCUCCAGUGAUCCUCAUAACACAGCAACUUUCCAUAAGUACUCUUCCAACAAAAAUGGUGAUAAGUCGGAUUGCUGGAAGAAUGCAACUGAAACUCAGUUCUCAUUACUCGAUUUACUUGGUGAGGACGGGUCAAAUGAAAAAGCAGAAGGAAGUCCAGUGCGAGAGUGUCAUGUUGCCUUUUCUGUCGAAGGCUUAGGUAAAACAAGGAUGGAAACUCCAGUUCAUUCACCACAACAACAAUGCAGGUUGCCAUCACCACCGAAGGCUGCAAAGAGGCACCUCUCAUCUAAUAAAUACAAGAUGAAUGAGCUUAAACAGAAUGCUGUAUUGUAUGAUACCGACAUGCCAACUAGUGACACUUCUUUUGACUUGCCAUUCAACUCAAGAGACAUAAGGGAUAACCAUGGCAAUUCAAGGAGCGACAAUCUCUUUGUAAAAGGUUGCAAGCCCCUGGAUGGUCUUAAUUUUAAAUUGGACAGCCUGUUCUCUGAAAGAUGUCUGAACAACAAUUUGGAAGAUAAAAGUGAAGACCCAUGGAAUGAUAGGUCAGGAUUCCUUGAUGACGAUUCUACCGAUGAGAAGAUGCUUGAUGAAUCUACGAAGAGUCAACUGUUUGAAAUAGAUUAUUACAGUCCUGAUGAUUUCUGUAGGGAGAACACUUAUGACAUGCAUCCAUAUUCUUUUGAAGAUCCCUCUCUGCAGAAAAGGGAGAAGAUAAACGACAUGCAUGCAUUUGCUUUUGAAGAUCCCUAUCUGCAGAAAAGGGAGAAAUCACAUAACACACAUGCAUUUGCUUUUGAAGAUACCUAUCUGCAGAAUAGGGAAAAAUCACCCAACAAGCAUGCGUUUGCUUUUGAAGAUCCCUAUGUGCAGAAAAGGGAGAACACAUACAAAACACAUGAAUUUGCUUUUGAGGAUCCCUAUUUGCAGAAAAGAUGCAGGAGCUCAGUAACAACAGAAAGAGAUAUCUUAUCAGAAUUUGAGCCGACUGCUCCAUAUUUUGAGCAUCUGCAUUCAAGAAAGGACAAGGACUUCAUGACUUUUGAUGACACCAGGCGUAGAGACCGGAAAUGGGAUAGCGAACCCACUUGGUCUUAUUUUGAAAAUGAAGACCUAAAGGAUAACUUGAGCUUGUUGAGUGAAGAGUCCUCCUCAUCUACUGCAGUGUGGGGAGACAAAGUUGAACAUUCCACAUUGAACCCAAUGGGGGGACCGGAAGGCAGCAUGAGGAAACAUGAAAGUGAUGUCGACCUGAGUCCAGGAAGGAUGUAUAAUCCAAAGCAUCUAUAUGCUGAAGGGAAAGAGUUAGGAAAGGAAACAGGGGUAACUAAGCUGUCUAGGAGAAACGACAUCUAUAAGGCCAAGAAGGAUUUGGAACCAAAGUUCAAUGCUUUGUAUGAGGAAGAAUACACCGUGGGAGAUACGAAAUUAAGCAACAAUUCUUUCCUAAGAACUCCAUUGGAGUCAAGUCCAACAUCCUUUGAAUGCAAGAUUGGGUCUGAAGGUCUAUCCAGUGCAUGUCCUCAUUCCAAAUUAUACACCAACAAACAGCCGCUUGGUAAGAGACGCACACCUGAUGCUCCAUCAAAGCAGGCCCCUCCCUUCAGCUUUAAGGAAGAUUUAUUUCAGCAACCACUCAUUCCAGUACACUCUGAUCCUAUUUCAAGGAAGCUGGAUACACCUCAUUCCAAAUUAUGCUCCAACAAACAGGCACUUGGUAAGAGACGCACACCUGAUGCUCCUUCAAAACAGGCCCCUCCCUUCAGCUUUGAGGAAGAUGUAUCACAGCAAUCACUCAGUCCAGUACAUUCUGAUCCAAAUAGUUUUUCAAUCACUGAAUCUAUUUCAAGGAAGCUGGAUACACCUCAGAUGUCCAGGUCAGAAGGUGAGCCUUCAUAUUCAUCUCACAGAAUUGAUCCACAAGGAGGCGCAGCAUUUCCUGCUUUACCCAAAGAGAGGAAUGACGACUCAGAAUGUGAAGACAGACCAGAACAUCAAGAGAGUGGUUACGGGUUUCUGUCUGGGACGGAGAAAGAAGUUUCUGUUGGAAUCAAUGGUAUCUUAUCACAAGAUGAGAAAACUGUGGACGAUUCAGAUUCUAAGGAUUCAGAAAGCAAGUACAAAGAAAUACGCGAUGAAACACCAGAGCUGAUGGAGAAAUCAAAAGCAAGAGAUUCGUCUGAAAACUCAGAAGAGAUAUCAUGUGCUACUACGGAGAUCCUCGACAAGCUCAAGAUCUGUAUGGAUGACAAACGACAUCACUUCCAUGCUGGCUUGCCUUUGCCAAUUCAAAGUGGAACAAAAGUUUAUGUAGAAAAUGAAGAAACUGAAGAACUUGAGAGAAUUGAAGGAGGUAAAAGGGGGAAAAGUAAGGAUACAGCCUAUAUGGUGAUGCUUGAAAGCUACGUGCUUCAGCUACUGUGUGUACAGAAGGUAUUGAAGAAGGAAGGAACAUCUGAACAUGAGCCACUGAGCCAGUGAAAAAGGUAUGAUCAUUGGUUCCUGCUAUUCUCUCAUUUGUUAGAGAUGUGGGAUUUCUUGAAUGUUUGUUGAUAAAAACUGCCUCUAUUAGAAAUGAACUCUUUCACUACUACCUUUCCCGAUUCGAAAAGUCUAUAGAACUUCUUAAAUACUUGUGUAUAUCUAGUGGAGAUGGUGUAACAUUUACUGAUGUCCAUUCGAAAUUCCAGGUUAGAGCAUCUUUUCUUUUUCCAGUCUAAGGUUGUGAUAUUGCUUACUGAAGUUUCCAUCACAAACCGAUUAAAUUCUUGUAUAAAUUUUUAUCUUGUACAAAAACGUGCAGGUCUCCCAAUUGAACAAAAUUUCUUUGUUCUAUGUAUGAAAUAUCAUGAACCAAACUCCAAGGGAAA